UAUUUUAUUAUAUUUUUUUUUAAUAUGAUAAAGUCGUUUGCGCAACUUUAAUUAUUCUCAAUUAGGACAUAAUUAUAAUUUUAAUCAUAAUUUUAUAAAACAACGUAUAUAAGAUAACCAAAAUUAAAAUGCAGAACAGUCCAAUAAAUUUAUCCUCCUCCUGGAUUAAAUUUAGAGAUACCAAAAGAUUGGUCUUCUGAAGAAUUUUUGAAAAGAAUAGGGAACGGAACAUCUGAAUUUGCAGACAAAUUUAAAGAUAUAGAUUAAAUUUUCAAAUUCUCAUCAAGAUAAAUGAAAUCAAAAGGAGUACCAUGCAAAGCAAGAAAACAUAUUCAAAGAAUCAGAGAAUAAUUAAGAAGAGGAUUAAUUACAUUUGAAUAUUUGGGAAGAAGAACAUGCUUAGAAAUAUAAGAAAAAAAUUAAAAAAAAAAAUGA